AUGUCUUCUCCCAUGUUCCUAGCACUAUUCUGUUUCGUACUCUGCUUUUCACUCUCGUUUCAAAUCAUUCUAUUACCCUUAACACACUCGAUUUCCAAAACCCGAUUCAACAGUACCCACCACCUCCUCAAAUCAACCUCAACCCGCUCCACAAAACGCUUCCAUCACCAACACAACAACCACCGAACCCAAGUUUCUCUCCCACUUUCUCCAGGUAGUGAUUACACACUCUCCUUCAACCUAGGUUCCCACCCUCCACAACUCAUAACUCUCUACAUGGACACAGGCAGCGACCUCGUCUGGUUCCCUUGUUCCCCCUUCGAAUGCAUCCUCUGUGAAGGAAAACCACAAACAACAAAACCCGCAAACAUCACCAAAGCACACCCUGUUUCCUGUCAAUCCCCUGCAUGUUCCGCUUCACACGCAACCUUAUCUUCUAGCAAUCUCUGUGCUAUUUCUCGUUGCCCUUUAGACUUCAUUGAAACCUCUGAUUGUUCUUCUUUCUCUUGUCCACCUUUUUACUACGCUUAUGGCGACGGAAGUUUCGUCGCUAAUCUCUAUCGUCACACACUUUCUCUCUCUUCUCUUCUUUUAAAUAACUUCACCUUUGGUUGUGCUCAUACCGCCCUCGCUGAACCCACCGGCGUCGCUGGUUUCGGCCGUGGAAUUCUCUCUCUCCCUGCUCAGCUUUCUACUCUCUCACCUCAUUUGGGUAAUCGUUUUUCUUAUUGUUUGGUUUCUCAUUCCUUCGACGGUGACCGAGUUAAACAACCCAGUCCACUCAUUCUCGGUCGUCAAGAUACUACCACCGGAGAAGAAGAUAUUGAGUUUGCCUACACUUCCAUGCUUUCGAAUCCUAAGCAUCCUUAUUAUUACUGCGUUGGGCUCGCCGGGAUAUCCGUCGGGAAAAAAACAGUGCCGGCGCCGGAGACUCUCAAAAGGGUUGACGAGAAAGGUAACGGCGGGAUGGUUGUUGAUUCGGGGACAACGUUUACGAUGUUACCGGAGAGUUUUUACAACGCGGUGGUUACUGAGUUUGAUAAACGAGUUGGACGAGUUCACAAGCGAGCGAGUGAGGUUGAAACGAAAACGGGUCUUGCUCCGUGUUAUUAUUUAAACGGAUUUUCACAGAUACCAACGAUGACGUUACAUUUUGCUGGGAAUAAUUCGGGUGUGGUGUUGCCUAGGAAGAAUUAUUUUUAUGAGUUUUUGGACGGUGGAGAUGGUGGGAGGGGAAAAAGGACAGUGGGGUGUGUGAUGCUGAUGAACGGUGGUGAUGAAACUGAGUUAGAUGGUGGACCUGGAGCUACACUAGGGAAUUAUCAACAGCAAGGAUUUGAGGUAGUGUAUGAUUUAGCGAAAGAGCGCGUAGGUUUUGCUAAGAAAGAGUGCGCGUUGCUUUGGGAUAGUCUUAACAGUGAGAAAAACUAA